AUGGUUGCUUUCAACAUGGACCUGCUGUCAGAUGUGGCAUCAAGAGGGCCAUACUGUAAGGUGAAUCCCCAGGUUCCUCUUCUGCGCUUCUUCUUCAGCGGAGGUGAUACUCGGAAGGACUUCCGUGUGUCCCGGGAGUCCCUGGACAGCCUCAUACAGCUUGUGGCAGACAAGGACCAUGGAUGGGGAAGGUGCUUUAAGGUCCUGGUGUUCGUGUACUGGCUGGCCUGUGGGACGUCCUACCGGGUUGUGUCAGAGGCAUUUGACAUUCCCCGCACCACCUGCCAUGACAUGAUCCACGAGGUCAGCGGGGUCAUUCAGGGGGUGUUCAGGAGGCUCAUCCGCUUCCCUGACAGGCAGGAGCUGGAGGAGAUCGGCGCUGGAUUCCAGCAGCUGGCUGGCUGCCCGGCUUUCUCCAGAGUGGCAGGAAGCAUUGAUGGGUGCCAUGUCCGCAUUGUCCCACCUGGGAGGUUUGCAGGGGACUACUUCAACAGGAAGCUGUUCCACUCCGUCCAAUUUCAGGCCAUAUGUGACCACAAGGGCCGUUUUCUGGACGUGGUAGUGGGCUUCCCUGGCUGUGUGCAUGAUGCCAGGGUCCUGAGGAGCAGCCCGUUCUUUGUGCACCAGCUGUACCCACCUCCUGGAUGGUACCUGAUUGGGGAUGGCGGAUACCCCUGCUUGGCUGAGCCAAUCUGCCUCCUGACACCCUUCAGGGAGCCUGUCCGCAAUGCCAUGGAGGGCAGGUUCAACGCCAGGCUGUCCAGGGCACGGUGUGUGGUGGAGAGGGCUUUUGGAGUCCUGAAGAUGAGGUGGCGCUCCAUUUUCCUCAAGGCACUAGAGGUGAAGGUGGAGUUCGUGCCCGAGGUCAUCACUGCCUGCCUCUUCCUGCACAACCUCUGCAUCGCCACCGGGGACAUUGUGGAGCCUGAGCUGGUGGAGGAGGAAGACGGUGGUGAUGAUGGAGGCGAAGGACAUGAGCCAGUGCAGCGGUCUGGGGACACACUCAGGAACAGACUGGCAGCUGCAGUUUCUGCACCGACAGACCGGGUUCUUGUUCUGCAAGAUCAUGAUUACUGUUAA